CAUUCCGCUCGGUACCUCCUCCACAGCAAGGCAACAGUAACUAUCUAGACUACAGCUUAUUCCCGUUUCCGCCUCACUUUUUCCUCCAGAUUUUUAAACGACAUUUACGAUUUAUUGCGCUAAAUGUCAUUAGACCUUGUGGAUGUAGAGGAGGGUCCAGGGUGCCAAGUCAAGGUUCAGCUCAGGAGAUCCUAGCAACCAAAGCUGAAGCGAAAACAGAGUUACCUGGAGAACCUGAAGCAGGCAGGAAGGCAGGAGGUGAACUUGGAAAGCCCUCAGACGCUGCGGAAGCAGUAAAUUCAAGAAACUGAACGAACAGGAAGUCGCUACCAGGCACCACGUGGCCACACACGUACAGAAGGAAAGGAAGACACAAAGAACCCAGAAGUGACCUCCGCCGGCAUCCCGCUCGAAGAUCAUGCGAUAAAUCGAGGGAGGGAGGAAGUCGAGGUGCCCCCCCCCCCUUCCCUUCCCACCUCGCCGACGCCUCCGUUGAGGUGAUGAUGACGACGCCCUUGGACGCGUUGUAGCUGGACGCCCACACGAACCUGCCCGGGAGGGAAAGAUGCGGUCAUGGACUGGCUCUUGGCGCUGGAUCACGCUGGUGCUGCUGGCCUGGGGCACCCUGCUUUUCUACAUCGGGGGCCACCUGGUCCGCGACAGCGAGCACCCCGAACGCUCCAGCCGCGAGCUCUCCAAGAUCCUGGCCAAGCUGGAGCGCCUCAAGCAGCAGAACGAGGACCUGCGCCGCAUGGCCGAGUCCCUCAGGGUUCCUGAAGGUCAGGCAGUCGGGCGGCCGGCUGCAGCCGGACGACUCCGUACCUUGGAGGAGCAGCUGACCCAAGCCAAGGAGCAGAUCAGCAACCUCCAGAGGCAGUCUGGAGAUGGCCCUGGGAAGAACCACGAGGUUCUGCGUAAGAAGAUCGAGAACGGCGUGAAGGAGCUGUGGUUCUUCAUGCGCAGCGAGGUGAAGAAGCUGAGCCCGGUGCAGCCCGGUGACCUGCAGCGGCACGCCGGCGUCCUGCUCCAGGAUCUGGGUCACCAGCAGAGGGCCAUCAUGGCAGAUCUCUUCCUACUCAGUCAGGCUGACGGUGCUGGAGACUGGAGGGAAAAGGAGGCAAAGGACCUGUCCAAUCUGGUGCAAAACAGAAUCACCUACCUGCAGAACCCCAAGGACUGCAGUAAGGCCCGGAAGUUGGUCUGCAACAUCAACAAGGGCUGCGGCUAUGGCUGCCAGCUGCACCACGUGGUCUACUGCUUCAUGAUCGCCUACGGCACGCAGCGCACCCUCAUCCUGGAGUCGCAGAACUGGCGUUACGCCACCGGCGGCUGGGAGACCGUGUUCCGGCCCGUCAGCGACUCCUGCAUGGACCGCAGUGGCUCCUCCACAGGGCACUGGUCAGGGGAAGACAAUGACCGGGAUGUUCAAGUAGUGGAACUUCCCAUCGUGGACAGCCUGCACCCCCGGCCACCCUACCUGCCCUUGGCCAUCCCCGAAGACCUGGCCGACCGCUUGCACCGCCUCCAUGGUGACCCGUCCGUCUGGUGGGUUUCGCAGUUUGUCAAGUACCUGGUCCGGCCGCAGGCCUGGCUGGAAAAGGAGAUCCAGGAGGCCACCACCAAGCUGGGCUUUAAGCACCCCAUCAUCGGAGUACACGUACGGCGGACGGAUAAGGUGGGGACUGAGGCUGCUUUCCACUCCAUCGAGGAGUACAUGGUGCACGUGGAGGACCAUUUUGAGAGCCUUGCGCUCCGAAUGCCCGUGGACAGGAAGCGCGUGUACCUGGCCACCGAUGACCCCUCGCUGCUUCAGGAGGCCCGUACCAAGUACCCGGAUUAUGAGUUCAUUAGUGACAAUUCCAUCUCCUGGUCUGCCGGCCUCCACAACCGCUACACGGAGAAUUCCCUGAGAGGCGUCAUUUUGGACAUACACUUCCUGUCCCAGACCAACUUCCUGGUCUGUACCUUCUCCUCACAGGUUUGCCGUGUGGCCUACGAGAUCAUGCAGACGCUGCACCCCGACGCCUCCGCCAACUUCCACUCGCUCGACGACAUCUACUAUUUUGGGGGACAGAACGCGCACAACCAGAUAGCAGUGCACCCGCACCAGCCACGCGGCCCUGACGACCUCGCGCUGGAGCCCGGCGACGUCAUCGGCGUGGCCGGCAACCACUGGGACGGCUACUCCAAGGGGAUCAACCGGAAAACGGGCCGCAUUGGCCUCUACCCCUCCUAUAAAGUGAAGGAAAAAGUCGAGACGGUCAAGUACCCCACAUACCCCGAGGCUGAUAAGCUGCUACAUUUCUAGGAAGCCUUGGACCUGAAUAGGACUCUGCACACAUAAGAGAAGAGAAACUUUUAACCGGGGAAAGAGACUGCACUGCGUGUGAGUGUGAGUCUACGUCUGUGUGUGCGCGCGCGUGUGAGAGUGUGUAUGUGUUGGAAGGGUGUCUCACUACCACACCCUGGGCCGUUCACUCACUCCGCGCCUCCUCUUCCUGGAUCUGGUCCUCGCCAGCAAUGACACCGGGGUCAUGAAAGAAUUAAAAGGGUGAACUAAACAAUCGUCAAGAACAUGGAAAAGAAGAGGGAAACGUCUGACCUCCUGUUUAAUGAAGGGAUUGCUAUCGCAAAUGUUUUAUUUAAAAACAAAUAAAGCCAGCCACGCUGAUGGGAGGGAAUAGGGGAAAAAAACUUAAUGCUACCGAUUGGAAUUUUAUUUCCGUGUGCUGUUUUUUCGCCCCUGUGCCCAUUGACUGAAUCUUCAUCUCGAGCCACACCUUCUCCUCCUCCCCGUACUGCGAGCAUUUCACCUAGUUCACUUGCUAUUAAUUUAUAUAAAGUUGUGCUUUUAAUAAGUGAUUUUUUUUUUCUGGGUCAGGUGCUUGUGUGGUGCGUGCGUGUGUGUCUGCGUGCGUGCGUGUGUGUGUGUGUCUGUGUGUGCGAGGACAGCUGCAUCUGUGCAUGCAAGAGUAAGUCCAACUACGGUGCCUAAAAAAUGUAAAUGGCUUCUCUGUUUCCUUUCUUAACUAUAUAUUUUUUGAGCUCAGUGUGAAAGUGACGUCGACCCUGGACAGUAACUUACAAAUCCUCGACAUGAAGGCAGACCCGCAGCCAGCCAGUGUCUGCGCAUACAGUGUGAUUGGACCCCGCAGAAACGGUUUUGUCUUACUUAUUCAUUUUUUAAAAUUUCUUUUUAAUCUUUUAACAUUGAUAUGAUGUUAAAAUUGGAACCAACAUUUAAAACAGUUAUAACAAAAAUAAUAAUUGUCAUGACCGGUUUAGCCAAUCAUAAAGAGAUUUUCAAAUUUUAAGUUCCUGGUCAUUGUCUUUGAUAACCAAUCAAAUAAAUCUGAGGAACCAA